AUGGCUCACAACAAGAUCCCACCCAGGUGGCUCCACUGUCCGAGGCGAGGCCAGCCCGUUGCAGGAAGAUUCUUGCCUCUCAAGACAAUGUUAGGACCAAUAGAUAGUCAAGUUGCUGAAGAAAAUCGAUUCCAUCCCACCAUGCUCUCCAAUUAUCUCAAGAGUCGAAAGGUGAAAAUGAGCUUAUUGGUAGACUUGACCAACACUUCAAGAUUCUAUGAUAGGAAUGACAUAGAAAAAGAAGGAAUUACGUAUGUAAAGCUUCCGUGUAAAGGACAUGGUGAGUGCCCGACAACCGAGGUUACCAAUACAUUUAUUCGUCUGUGUGAGCGUUACGACAGAACGCCACCCGAACUGAUCGGUGUUCAUUGUACCCAUGGUUUCAAUCACACUGGCUUCCUCAUUUGUGCCUUUUUGGUGGAGAACAUGGAUUGGAGCAUUGAAGCAGCAGUUGCUACUUUUGCCCAAGCCAGACCACCAGGAAUCUAUAAGGGCGAUUAUUUGAAGGAACUCUUUUGGCGCUAUGGCGCUAGAGAAGCACCACCCCCACCUCUCUUGCCAGAUUGGUGUUUGGAAGAUGAGCAAGAUGAAGGGGAGGAAGAGGAUGGAAACGAGGAAUCAGAACCCGGAUCAAGUGCUUCCUUUGGCAAAAGGAGGAAAGAAAGGUUGAAAGUGGGUGCCAUUUUCUUGGAAGGUAUAACUGUGAACGGUGUGACUCAAGUAACAACUCAACCAAAGCUAGGAGAGGUACAACAGAAGUGUCAUCAAUUCUGUGGCUGGGAAGGGUCUGGAUUCCCUGGAGCACAGCCCGUUUCCAUGGACAAGCAAAAUAUUACACUUUUAGAGCAGAAGCCAUAUAAAGUAAGCUGGAAAGCAGAUGGCACUCGUUACAUGAUGUUGGUUGAUGGCACAAAUGAAGUCUUUAUGAUUGAUCGAGAUAAUUCAGUGUUUCAUGUUUCUAAUCUGGAAUUUCCAUGUCGGAAAGACCUUCAAAUCCAUUUAUCGAAUACUCUUUUGGAUGGCGAGAUGAUUAUUGACAGAGUAAACGGACAGGCUCUUCCUAGAUAUUUGAUAUAUGACAUCAUUAAGUUCAAUGCACAGCCAGUUGGAGAUUGCGACUUGAAUAUCCGCUUGCAGUGUAUAGAACGAGAAAUUAUAAAUCCUCGGCACGAAAAAAUGAAGACCGGACUCAUUGACAAGACACGGGAACCAUUUAGUGUCAGAAAGAAGCCGUUUUUUGACAUUCAUACUUCAAGAAAGCUGCUUGAAGGAAAUUUUGCCAAACAAGUCAGUCAUGCAGUGGAUGGACUUAUAUUUCAGCCCAUCGGGAAGUAUAAGCCUGGUCGGUGUGAUGAUAUUUUGAAGUGGAAACCUCCCAGUUUGAAUUCUGUGGAUUUCCGCCUGAAGAUAACAAGACUGGGAGGAGAAGGGCUACUUCCUCAGAAUGCCGGUCUUCUCUAUGUUGGAGGCUACGAAAGACCCUUUGCCCAAAUCAAGGUGACAAAAGAGCUCAAUCAGUAUGACAACAAAAUCAUAGAAUGCAGAUUUGAGAAGAACAGCUGGGUCUUCAUGAGACAGAGAACAGACAAAAGUUUUCCGAAUGCCUAUAACACUGCCAUGGCUGUGUGCAAUAGCAUCUCAAACCCUGUCACCAAGGAGAUGCUGUUUGAGUUCAUCGACGGAUGUGCUGCAGCUUUUCAAGGACAGAAGCAAAAGCCUCACCUGAGCCCCGACACAGAGCUCAUGCCCCCGCCGCCUCCCAAAAGACCGCGCCCUGCCACCUAA